UAAGGGCUAGACAACUGGAGUUAAGUGACUUGCUCAGGGUCACACAGGUAGGAAGUGUCUGAGGCUGCAUUUGAACCCAGGAUUUCCCAUCUCAAGGCCUGACUCUCAAUCCACUGAGCUACCCAGCUACCCUUUAAAUUCUUCUUUAGACCCUUACUAGCAGUGUGACUGGGCAAGUCACUUAACCUUUGCCUGGCUCAGUUUCCUUAACUAUAAAAUGAGGAAAUCAUAUCUCCCUCCCAAGUUUUUUUUUUAAACCCUUACCUUCUGUUUUAGAAUCAAUACUGUGUAUUGGUUCCAAGGCAGAAGAUCCAUGUGGGCUAGGCAUUGGAGGUUAAGUGACUUGCCCAGGGUCACCCAGCUGGGAAGUGUCUGAGGUCAGAUUUGAACCUAGGACCUCCUGUCUCUAGGCCUGACUCUCAAUCCACUGAACUACCCAGCUGCCCCCUGAGCUAUGCAUUUUUAAAUGUGUGAUUGUUCUGUCUUUCCAGCUGGAUUGGAGGAUAUUUUCAUUUAAAGGUAUGGGCAAGAUGACAGUUAAGGUCUUUUCUGGCUCUAAAUUUUCUUUAUUUAAAGUAUUUUCCAUGUUAUGGACACAAAGUAGGUACUUAAGUACUUUUUUUUCUUUUUCUUAAAAAAAAACCCUCACUUUCUAUCUUAAUAUCAAUUCUUUUUUGUUUUUCUUGAACCCAGGCCUAGCUGUCAGUCCAUUGAGCCACCUAACUGUCUUCUAAUUAUCAGUUAUAAGACAGAAGAGCAGCACGGACUAGUUAAUUGGGGUGAAGUGACUUGCCCAGAGUCACAUAUGGCCAGGGAGUGUCUGAGGCCAAAUCUGCCCCCCUUCCCAUUCCAUACACAUACACUACAGGCCUGGCACUCUACCUGCCUAGUUGCCCCCAUAUAUACCUUCAUCUAUUAGUUUCUAGAAUGUGAGACUCCCCUAGAUUAUAGGUUCUUAUUCUGGGAUCUCAUGGAUUGAUUUCAGGGGGGUGUAGAUUUAGGGGGGAAAAAGGUCACACCUUUCGUUUCUUCAACUUCUAACUGCAACUGAGCCUGUCCUUCAGUUACUUCAAAAGCAUUCUCAGAAGGGUCAAGAGCUUCCUCAGACAGCCAGAGGUGGGGAGGUCAUGAACUCUGAUUUUGAGGAAGUCAUAGAACAUUUGGCUGGCUUGUGCCAGGGAAGCGAGUAAGGGCUGCCUGGCAACAGGAGUUGUUGCUCGGGCCUGUUUGCUCCAGGGAACUCAUCCUACCCUGUUAGAGUCAGGUAUCUCCCCACCCCCUGCCAGCCAGGGAGUUUGGUGGCAGAAACCUUCUAGCCUUUCAGCUGCUCCUGCUAAAAAAAGAAACCACAGUUAUCAUUCCCUCCGGGUAAAUGAACCUGAUGGCCUAGGAGACAGUUAGAAGGAACAAGAAUAUUUCAGGAGUUCGGCCUGAUAGUACUCAGCCCUGCAACUUGACCUGGAGGGAACUCUGGGUUGGAAGUAGCAGAAGGUGAAUUGUCCUGACUUAUUGAGAAAAUGUUGAGGAAGGCAAAAGUGUCCGUUUGGUCUCUGGCCAAUGUUUUCGGACCCCUUGCUUCCUUUUCUUUCUUUUUUUAAACCUUACUUUCUGUCCUGUUGACAACUGUAGCACAGAAGGGCAAGGGCUAGGCAAACAAGGUUAACUGUCCAGAGUUACACAGCUAGGAAGUGUCUGAAGCCAGAUUUAAAUCCUGACUCCAGGCCUGGCGCUCUAUCCACUGGGCCACCUGGCCACCGCUGACCUGCAUCUUUCUAAUGGCAGAGACCUUCAGUUCAGUUCAGUUCAGUGUCUACUGCAUAUAACUGCCUGCACCAGGGGCAUAAAGACAAAAUGGAAAAACAGAUCCUGCCCUUAAAGAAUUUAUGUCUUACUAAAGGAAUAUGAAAUGUAUUUAGAUAAAUACAUCAAGAAAGUUUGAAAAGAGACACAGGUAGGCUGGAAAAGAACAGUGUCAGUGUCAAUGUCAGUGAGUAAGAGGGAAUUAAAAGGGGCAGCUGACCGGCUCAAUGGAUAGAGAGCCAGGCCUACAGAUGGGAGGUCAAAUUUGUCCUCAGAUACUUCUAGCCGUGUGACCCUGGGCAAGUCACCUAACCCCCAGUGCCUAGCCCUUACCCCUCUUCUGCUUUGAAAUGGAUACUUAGUAUUAAUUUUAAAACAGAAGGUAAGGAUUUAGAAAAAAGAAAGAUGAAUUUUGAAUCAACACAAUUUGUCACUGGUUAGAUAUAUGUGGACGGGGAGGCAGACGAAGCAAUCAAGGAUGAAUCCAAAAUUGAAAACUGAGAAGAAGGUGACAGAAGUAGGGACAUUUGAAGGAAGGGAAACUUUAGGGAGAAAAAUGAUGAAUAAUUUAAUUUUAGAACCUUCUCCUUGUCCCCUAUGAAGGAGAAUAUUGUACUUGUCAGACCUGUGAGUGGGAAGGUAGAGAGACUCUUCCAGGGCUACAAGAUAUUGUUAAAGAUUAGUGAUUAUUUGCCUUGGACUCUUUACAUGUGGGUGUAGGAUGGAGGAGACUGAGUGAAAAUUCAGAGCCAUGCAGGAAAGAAGAGGGUUUUCUUUAGAACAGAUAGAGAUUGGUUCAGAUAUGAGAGUCCCGUUUGGAAUACAAGCUCAGGUGGUAUUAGACUGCUCCUGUAAGUGGUAGACAGUUUGCCUUACAUCCGAUUAAACCUGCGUAAGACCCAUGUGCCCUCCAAAAGGGAUUGCUGGUUGGCAAAGUGGAUAAAGUGCUGGACCUGGAAGCAGGAAAACUCUUCUAGAUUCAAAUCUGGCCUCGGACACUUACUAGCUGUGACCCUGGGCAAGUCACUUAGCUCUGUCUCACUUGUAAAAUGAGCUGGAGAAGGAAAUGGCUUAAAAUUCCAGUAUCUUUGCCAAUAAUAUCCUAAAUGGGGUCCUAAAGAGUUAGAUACAACUGAAAGAUGACUCUAAAAACCCUCUCAAAAAAACAUUUUUAAAAUUCUUUUUCAUUGAAUUGAACUUUAUGGGCCUAGGGCAAGAUCCUUAAACUCUCUGUGUUUCUAGGAAUUUGCAGAACUAUUCAGUUAAUCAGAAGUGUUGAUCUGCAUUAAUAAAGGGAGUUUUCUCCUCUGUUAGUUUCCUAUUGUAUAACAUUAUGCCUUUUUGGUACCUUCCUCUAAGUUCCCAAAAGUAUUCUUUGUCCAUUUUGGUGAUGAUAGGCAGUAUAUAAUGCUUUCUUCUGGAUUUUUAAAAACUCUGUAUCAGUUAUUAUGUUCUUUGACCUACAUAAUUCUAUUAUUGACACUAUACCCUGACAAUGUUAGCAAACAAGUGCUAAGUAUUUAGACAUUUUAUAAGAGCAUUAUAUGUAAUUGAAAAAAAAAAGGGAAGCAGUCUAGAUGAGUAGAAGGUAAAGUUGUUAAACAUAAAGAAUACUCGUAGGAUGGAUUGUCCUAUGAAAUUGUGCUUCACUUGAAGUUAGCACUUGGUUUGUAAAUUUUUAAAAUUGUAAAUUUUUUGCAAUAUUGAGUCUGCUGUUUAAUUACCCAUGAUUAAGCAAGUCAACCUCUUGGGCCUCAGUUCCUCUGGUAAACUGGGGCAGUCUGACCAGAUGGCUUCUGAGAUCUCUUCCAGCUCUAAGUCAACAAUCCUGUGAAACUGAGUGUUUCUUUUACCCCUAUACUUCUGCCUCCCAUAUUACAUGCAGAGAACUUGUAGAUAUCAGUCAGUAAACAUUUAUUAAGCACCUACUUUGUGCUAGACACUGUGCUGAGUCUUGAGGAUAUUAAAAAAGUGAAAAGAUGCUUAAGUAUUUGCUUUCAAGAAGCCAACCUGUCUGUCUUAGGGAGGGAAUUAAUGUCAGGUGGUAUAGUGGAUAGAUUACUGGGGGACCUGGAGUCAGGAAGACCUGAGCUAAAAUCCGGCCUCUGACAAUCACUAGCUGUGUGACCCUGGGCAAUUCACUUAACACUACUUCAAUUUCCUCCUAGGUGAAGGACAUUGGCAAACUAUUCCAGUGCCUUUGUCAAAAAACAAACAAACAAACAAACCCAAAAGGGGCCAGGAAGAGUUGGAUACAUUUGAAAAACUAUAGCAUCAAUGGUUAAAUGAUUGGUUAUUGGCAGCUUAUCCGGCAAGACUGGUAGAUGCUUUUUUCCAUCUUUUGAAUAAUAUUAUUGUGUACUUCCUAGUGAUGUGACCCUGGACAAGUCAUUAACCCCCACCACCUAGCCCUUACAACUCUUCUCCUUUGGAACUGUUAAUGAAGAUUUUGAGAAGUGACAAAUGCAUCUGCAAAAAAGAAAAGGAUCGUAGAACUUCGUGAAAGGCCAAUCAACUGAGAUGAGGAGACAGUUCCAUGGAACCUUGGGAAAAAGCAGUUAAGCAGCUUGAGCUGGCUGAAAGAGGUUCCUUCUCUGGCUGUUGGACCAGAAGGUGGAAGAUAGACUCACUCUCUUUAGCCAUUGUCUUAUCCAUAAGACAGUGAACUGAAAAAGAUAUUUGGGUUUUUAGCCCAGAAGAAACCUGUUAGUAUUUGCUGUCAGUAUGUCCCCUUAGGGAAAGAUAACUUUGUUUCCUGAAUUUGAAUAUAUCUUGAAAUCUUCAGUCAACAGAAUAACUCAGAAAAUUUAGGGAUUUUCUUACCCCCUCUCCUUACCCCCUCUACCCGAAAGAAUAAAAGACCUCUUAGUUAAAGGAUUUGAUUAUUAGAGGAAAUCUUCAAGCUUACCAUCUCUGAGAAGAACAUUUCUAAGACAGUUGAAAGGGAAUAGGAAGUAGUGUAGGGGGAGGGGCUCAAGGUCCAGUCUUUUCCCUGGCUUGAUUCCUGGUGUUACCUCUCUAACAUUUCCCCAUUACCAUAAUCCCCCUAGUAUCAAUAUCUAAUACAAUCCUUAAUAUUGAGUCUAAGGCAGAAAGCAAAGGUUUGGAAAAAAAAAAGAAGAAAAAGAAUAAUGUUACUGUUCAUAGGCAUGAUGAAUAUCAGGGAAGAAGCACCGGAGAGUGGAAAGAGAGAUGGAUUAGGAGUUAAGAGGCUAGAAGGAUUGGAACAUCACCUGGUACACGGACAAUCCGGACUUCACCAAGUGCUUUCAGAACACGGUCCUAGUAUGGGUGCCUUGUGUUUACCUGUGGGCUUGCUUUCCAUUCUACUUCCUUUACCUCUGUCGGCACAACAGGGGCUACAUCCAAAUGAUACAUCUCAACAAAGCCAAAACUGCCUUGGGCUUUUUGCUGUGGAUAGUCUGCUGGGCAGACCUAUUCUACUCUUUCUGGGAAAGAAGUCAGAGCAUAUAUCGGGCUCCAGUGUUUCUAGUCAGCCCUACACUUUUGGGCAUAACAAUGUUGCUUGCUACAUUUUUAAUUCAGUGCGAGAGAAGGAAAGGAGUCCAGUCUUCAGGGGUCUUGCUCACUUUUUGGCUUCUUGCCCUUCUAUGUGCUGGCAUUGUCUUUCGAUCCAAAGUCCUUCAUGCCUUAAGAGCGAGUGAUAAAAUUGAUAUAUUUCGUGAUGUCACUUUCUACAUUUACUUCCUCCUGGUACUGGCUCAGCUGAUAUUGUCCUGCUUCUCAGACCACUCACCCCUCUUCUCUGAAACCAUCAAUGAUCCCAAUCCCUGUCCAGAGUCUGGUGCUUCCUUCCUUUCCAGAAUCACAUUCUGGUGGAUUUCUGGGUUGAUGGUCCAGGGAUAUAAAUGUCCUCUGGAGGCUACAGAUUUGUGGUCCCUGAACCGAGAAGACACCUCCAACCAGGUGGUGCCUGUUCUGGUGAAAAACUGGAAGAAAGAAUGCGCCAAGACAAGAAAGCAGCCUGUAAAGAUUGUGUAUUCUCCCAAGGAUCCAGCCAAGGCAGAAGGGGGCUCCAAAGGAGAUGUGAACGAGGAGGUUGAAGCCCUCAUUUUGAAGCCUACUCAGAGGGAGAGGAAGCCCUCUUUGUUUAAGGUGUUAUAUAAAACCUUUGGGCCUUACUUCCUCAUGAGCUUCCUUUUUAAAGCGCUGCAUGACCUGAUGAUGUUUGCAGGCCCUGAGAUCUUAAAAUUGCUCAUCAAUUUUGUGAAUGAUAAUCAGGCCCCUGAUUGGCAGGGCUACUUUUAUACAGCACUUCUCUUUGUGAGCGCCUGCCUACAAACUCUGGUCCUACACCAGUACUUUCAUAUCUGUUUUGUGAGUGGAAUGAGAAUCAAAACUGCUGUCAUUGGAGCCAUCUAUCGCAAGGCCCUGGUGAUUACCAAUUCUGCCCGAAAGUCUUCCACGGUUGGGGAGAUAGUGAACCUCAUGUCUGUAGAUGCCCAGAGAUUCAUGGACUUAGCCACCUACAUUAACAUGAUCUGGUCAGCCCCUCUUCAGGUCAUCCUGGCUCUCUACCUCCUGUGGCUGAAUUUAGGCCCUUCUGUGUUUGCUGGGGUGGCCGUCAUGAUUCUCAUGGUUCCCCUGAAUGCUGUGAUGGCCAUGAAGACCAAAACUUACCAGGUGGCUCACAUGAAGAGCAAAGACAAUCGGAUUAAGUUGAUGAAUGAAAUUCUCAAUGGGAUCAAAGUCCUGAAGCUGUAUGCCUGGGAGUUGGCCUUCAAGGAGAAAGUGUUGGAGAUCAGACAGGAGGAGUUGAAGGUGCUUAAGAAAUCUGCUUACUUGGCUGCUGUAGGGACCUUCACCUGGGUCUGCACACCAUUCCUGGUGGCACUGUCUACUUUUGCUGUCUAUGUGACAGUAGAUAAGAACAAUGUCCUGGAUGCACAGAAAGCUUUUGUUUCCCUGGCCUUAUUCAAUAUCCUCCGGUUUCCUCUGAAUAUUCUUCCGAUGGUCAUUAGCAGCAUUGUACAGGCAAGUGUUUCCCUGAAACGCCUUAGGAUAUUUCUUUCCCAUGAAGAACUGGAGCCAGAGAGCAUAGUGAGAAAGCCUAUUAAAGAUGGUGGUGGUGACAGCAUCAUAGUGAAAAAUGCCACAUUCACCUGGUCGAGAAGUGACCCUCCGACUCUGAAUGGCAUCACUUUCACUGUGCCACAAGGUGCCUUGGUUGCUGUGUUGGGCCAAGUGGGCUGUGGGAAAUCGUCCCUGCUGUCUGCACUCUUGGCUGAGAUGGACAAAAUAGAGGGGCAUGUGUCUAUCAAGGGUUCUGUGGCUUACGUUCCCCAGCAGGCUUGGAUCCAGAACGCUUCUCUUCGGGAGAAUGUUCUCUUUGGCAGACAGCCCCAGGAGCGAUUCUACAAGACUGUGAUCGAAUCCUGUGCAUUACUCCCAGACUUGGAGAUCUUGCCCAGUGGAGACCGGACCGAGAUUGGAGAGAAGGGUGUCAAUUUGUCUGGCGGUCAAAAGCAGCGAGUGAGCCUGGCACGGGCAGUUUACUGUGAUUCAGAUGUGUACCUCUUUGAUGAUCCCCUUUCUGCAGUGGAUGCCCAUGUGGGGAAACACAUAUUUGAAAAAGUGAUUGGUCCUCAGGGGAUACUAAAAAACAAGACCCGCAUAUUGGUAACUCACAGCAUCAGUUACCUGUCCCAGGUGGAUGUGAUCAUUGUGAUGAGUGAUGGUAAAAUCUCUGAGAUGGGCUCACACCAGGAAUUGCUGGACCGAGAUGGAGCAUUUGCAGAGUUCCUCCGAACUUAUGCAAACGCUGAACAGAACAUGGAAGAUGAAGGCAAGAAGGCUGUGGCAGAGGAGGAAGGUACCAAUGGUCCAGUCGUGAAGGAAGUAAAGCAGAUGGAGAAUGGAGUUCUAAUAAGUGAAACUGCAGGGAAACAGCUAAAAAGACAGCUCAGUAAUUCCUCCUCCUAUAGCACAGAGCCUGGGAAGCACAAUAGCACAGCUGACAUGCAGAAAUCUGAAGCACAAAAGGAUGCCUGGAAGCUGAUGGAGGCUGAUAAAGCCAAGACUGGGCAGGUAAAGCUGUCAGUGUACUGGGAUUAUAUGAAAGCUAUUGGACUUUUUAUCUCUUUUCUGAGCAUCUUCCUUUUUAUAUGUAACCAUGUAGCCUCCUUGGCUUCCAACUACUGGCUCAGUUUAUGGACUGAUGAUCCUGUUGUCAAUGGGACACAGCAGCACACAAAUGUCCGACUGAGUGUGUAUGGUGCUCUGGGCAUUUCUCAAGGUCUUGCUGUGUUUGGCUACUCAAUGGCAGUAUCCAUUGGGGGCAUCUUUGCUUCCCGCCGCCUACAUCUGGACCUGCUCCACAAUGUCCUCCGGUCCCCCAUGAGCUUCUUUGAACGAACACCCAGUGGGAAUCUCGUGAAUAGGUUCUCCAAGGAGAUGGACACAGUAGACUCAAUGAUUCCUCAGAUCAUUAAGAUGUUCAUGGGAUCCUUGUUCAAUGUCAUUGGUGCCUGUAUAAUUAUACUGCUGGCCACACCCAUUGCUGCCAUCAUUAUCCCGCCCCUUGGCCUCAUCUAUUUCUUUGUGCAGAGGUUUUAUGUGGCCUCCUCACGCCAGCUGAAGCGCCUAGAGUCAGUCAGCCGGUCCCCAGUGUACUCACACUUCAAUGAAACUCUCCUGGGUGUCAGCGUCAUCCGUGCCUUUGAGGAACAACAACGUUUCAUUCGUCAGAGUGACCUGAAGGUGGAUGAGAAUCAGAAAGCGUAUUACCCCAGCAUCGUGGCCAACAGGUGGCUGGCCGUCCGACUAGAGUGUGUGGGAAACUGCAUAGUUCUGUUUGCAGCUUUGUUUUCUGUCAUCUCCCGUCACAGCCUCAGCCCUGGGUUGGUGGGCCUCUCUGUCUCUUACUCCUUGCAGGUCACCACAUACUUGAACUGGCUGGUACGAAUGUCCUCUGAGAUGGAAACAAACAUAGUGGCUGUGGAGAGACUCAAAGAAUACUCAGAAACAGAGAAGGAGGCUCCAUGGUGUAUUGAAGAAGCAGCCCCUCCCACUAACUGGCCACAGCAGGGCCGAGUGGAAUUCAGAGACUUCAGUUUACGGUAUCGGGAGGACUUAGAUUUGGUUCUGAAACAUGUCAAUGUUACCAUUGAAGGAGGGGAGAAGGUUGGGAUUGUAGGUCGGACUGGAGCAGGCAAGUCAUCACUCACCCUUGGCUUAUUUCGUAUCAACGAGUCUGCAGGAGGAGAGAUCAUCAUUGAUGGUAUCAAUAUCGCCAAGAUUGGGCUUCAUCACCUCAGAUUCAAGAUCACCAUUAUCCCUCAGGAUCCAGUGUUGUUUUCCGGCUCCCUGCGCAUGAACCUGGAUCCAUUUGAUCAGUACUCAGAUGAGGAUAUCUGGACAUCUUUGGAACUGGCUCACUUGAAGAACUUUGUGUCAUCUCUUCCUGAUAAGCUGAACCACGAGUGUACAGAAGGAGGGGAGAACCUGAGUGUUGGGCAGCGCCAGCUUGUGUGCUUGGCCCGGGCUUUGCUAAGGAAAACCAAGAUCUUGGUCCUGGAUGAGGCUACUGCUGCAGUAGACCUUGAAACAGACAACCUUAUUCAGUCUACAAUCCGAACACAGUUUGAUGACUGUACUGUCCUCACCAUAGCUCACCGGCUCAACACAAUCCUAGACUAUACAAGGGUGAUUGUGCUGGAUAAAGGAGAAAUCGUGGAGUGUGAUUCCCCUCCUGUACUCCUGCAGAAGAAGGGCAUUUUCUACAGCAUGGCUAAAGAUGCGGGCUUGGUGUAAGGGCUGCGGUUUUCUCCUCCUGCCAGAACCAAACUGAGCUGAUGUGCAUUGGACACAGAAGAUUCAGCGAGUGUACUAUAAUUCCUUACUCUUCCUCUCCUCAAACCAAAAACGGCAGCAGCCACCUCACUCUGACUCUAUCCAUCGCCUGCUCGGAUUCUGUGGUGAACAAGGGACAGAUGCUACUUGGACCUUCUUGCUUACAUUGCCACACACACCAUCCCUUACAUAAAUGCUUCAGCCCUGUCCCCCAGACUCCAUUGUUUCCCCCCACAUCACUAUGCAUACAUAUGCCUCAUGGAGCACAUCCUCCCAGUUUUGCUGCUCUUUUCAGAGGAUUUCUUCUGAAAGUUGGUCUUCAGGAGAAGUUGAUUGCACAUAGUUAGCUAGCUAGUGACCAAAUCCAAUCGACUGCCUCAAAUAUUUUCAAGAUCUAAAGCUCUAAGUUUCUGACUUUUCCAAGAAGUUUACUUGCUUCUAUAUCCUCACCGAGGCUGCUGAUUUAAUUUCCCCUUUGCUGCAUCUCCACCAUGCUAGAUUUUUCUGGUUUGCAGUUUUUUGGUGAGGAUUUUAAUUACUGUACUUGCUUAUACUGUACUCACCAGGUUGCAGUAGAGUGGCUGACAGUUUCCCGGGAAGUGAGAGAGUUUCCUUCUUAACCCUCCCUGUCUCAUUUCACUGUCUAUUCUCUCGUGCAAUUUAUACUUCAGAAAUUGCGCUCAUGGGACACCUUCUGAAGUGCACUGACAUUGAGAGGACUUCCUCCAGAAGCUAGAGGCAGCCAAAUUGACCCAGUCACCUCACUGUUCAUCCAAGAAGCUUGGCAGAAGUUGUUGAUUUUUCAGAUCUAAAACAGAAAGGGUACAAAGCUAUCCAGUACUCUUGAGGUUUUUAUUACUGACUUCUCUGCCUUGGGGAACUCAUUGAAUUCUCUGUCCCUUCUUCCUUUCCCUACCUCCUUUUUUCCAUCUCUAAAUGGGUAUAAUACUCUAGGGAUCCACGUCACUGAAAUGUUCAAGGACCAGUUUAUGGUUAUGAAAUGCUCAGAGAGAAGAGGACUAUGGAUGUCCCAAGUAUUACUAGUUGUUGUUUUUUUUUUAAAGAAUAAGAACCCAGUUGAUUCUUACACGCAUUGUUUUAAAUUCUGAAUUCCUGACUUCAGAAACCUAGGAUGCUGUUGAUGGAAGUAGGAGUGAAAAUUCUGACUCUCGGUCUUGGACUCUUAUCCAGACCCACCCACAACUUCUUCCAGGGAAGACAACCACCUGAGACUUGUGCCCUGUUGCUUAGAAAUAUUUGACAAUGCUUAAUUCCCAGCGAGCAGCUGAGCCGAUAGGCUAUCCUGUAUGUUCCUGGGAAGAAAUGGAGAAAACGUGGUUUCUUAGUGUAUAUUAUCCCAGAUGGAGAUUACAGUGAUAUCCAAAAGCAAAGAGAGCUUCCUUCCACUUACUCAGAGAUGCAGACUUUUGAAUUAUGUUGCUCACCCCAAAACCAGAGAAGUAUCUUCUCUAAGAUGGGAAAAAAAUAUAUUUAUUUUUUGUAAGUUAUAUAAUUCCUUAAAGUUGGAUAAACCAAGUUUUUCUUGGGUAUCUUUUUGUAAUGAAUACACUGGAAAUAUGAACAUUUGCAUAUAAUUUGCAGUAAAAAAAAUUCUCUCUUUUUUUUGAAA